AGCAGCGCCUCUCCAAAGAUCCCUGCCCAAGCUUCGGACUGCCGACUGUCUUGGAUCUUGCGCUUCCUAUCCAACUCUUUCUUUUUCACACAGCGGGGAGCUCUUGUCUUCCUGUACGACUUAACUUUCUAUCCCUUCCUUACGUCUCCCAAACGUCGCGACAGCUUCAUCCACUCGUCGUUCAUUCUCUACAGGUGCUGCGCGCUCCAAUUGGCGCAAUCCGCCCAUCAUGAGGUUCGGUCAACAGCUCAAGUCCUCCCUCGUUAGGGAUUGGAUGUUCUACUACAUUGACUACGAAGGUCUUAAGGAUGCCCUCCACCUGCACCGAACAUGGGACGAGAAGGCCGAGCAGGAGUUUGUCUCCAAGCUCGAGAAGGAGCUCGACAAGGUCUACGGCUUCACGCAGGUGAAGAGUGAGGAGAUCAUCCGCCGAAUUGCCGCUUCCGAGAACGAGGUCAACGACGUUGUCGCGCAGGUCGACCAGCCCGGUCCCAAUGGCCCGACCGACGAGGACUUUGAGCUCUUGGAGGAGGACUUGAGUGACAUCAUUGCAGAUGUGCAUGACCUAGCCAAGUUCACCCAGCUCAACUACACUGGAUUUCAAAAGAUCAUUAAGAAGCACGAUAAAACUACACGUUGGGUGUUGAAGCCGGUCUUCGCAACCCGCCUAAAGCAGAAGCCGUUCUACAAGGACAAUUACGAUUCUUUUAUCGUUAAACUCUCGAAGCUUUACGACGAUGUGCGGACGCGCGGAAAUCCCGUCAAGGGCGACUCGGCUGCUGGAGGAAAGCAACAGAAUUUCGUUCGACAAACCACCAAGUACUGGGUGCAUCCGGAUAACAUCACCGAGCUGAAACUCAUCGUUCUAAAGCAUCUGCCGGUUCUUGUCUUCAAUGCAAGCAAGGAAUUCCAGGUCGAUGACUCGGCCAUUACUUCUAUCUAUUUCGAUAACACGGAUACUUGGGAGCUGUAUCAGGGCCGAUUGAAGAAGACGGAAGGUGCCGAGGCCAUCCGCCUGCGUUGGUAUGGCGGCAUGUCGAACGAAAACAUAUAUGUUGAGCGGAAAACUCACCGAGAGGAUUGGACUGGAGAAGAAUCCGUCAAGGCUCGUUUUAAGCUGAAGGAGAAGCAUGUCAAUGCCUACCUCCGCGGCGAGUACACGCCUGAGCAGAUUUUCGAGAAGGAGCGCCGCGACAACAAGAGACCGGAGAAAGACAUUGCAUCGGAUGAGCAGCUUGCGCGUGAAAUCCAGUACAGAGUGUUGACUCGCAGCCUCGUCCCCGUCACGCGAUCUUUCUACCACCGUACCGCUUUCCAGUUGCCUGGCGACGCCCGUGUCCGUAUUUCCCUAGAUACCGAACUCACAAUGACCCGCGAGGACAACCUUGAUGGUCGCCAACGAGCCGGUGACAACUGGCGUCGUAUGGACAUCGGCAUUGACUGGCCUUUCUCUCAACUACCCCCAGAGGACAUUGAGCGCUUCCCCUACGCGGUUCUCGAAGUCAAGCUCCAAACCCAGGCUGGCCAGGAACCUCCGCAGUGGAUUCGCGAAUUGACAGCCUCCCAUCUCGUGGAAGCUGUUCCCAAAUUCUCGAAAUACAUCCACGGUACCGCCACUCUCAACCCCAAGCGCAUCAACUUGCUACCCUACUGGGCACCGCAGAUGAAAGUCGAUAUCCGUAAGCCAGUGAGCCACAAAUUCGGAAUCGAGCGACCAGGCGCAAGCAACGAUAUCAGUACCAGUGGUAACAUGGAUGACGACAGUGAUGAUGACGACGCAAGCUAUGGCCUACCGCAAGCUCAAGGAAAUGAAGAUGAUGACAGAAUCCGACGACUCCGUGAGGCUAGGGAUGUCAUGGAGCAACAAGAUAUCAACCAGCGCAGGAAUUACGGUGCCAUCUCUGGCGGCGAGGGACCUAACGCACUUGACGUCGAGGAGCGCAUUGCAGCUCAGCCAGUUGCCACUGAUGACUACCCCAUUUAUGACUCAGAUAGCGAGGACGAGGAGGAUGAAUUAGAGGAAGCUCGUCGUGCUGGAGGAUGGCAAUACCGCCAAACAUUGAUCAAGCAUAAGGCGAAAGAGGUCGGUAACACACUGGCCGAAUGGGGUUGGGCAAUCAUCCCUCGACCUCGACCAACAGAUGUCGGCGGUGGCGGAUUCCAUCUAGGAGUUCCCAGCUGGAAACAGCCGGGAGAGAUCAAACGCUUCAAAGCACCCAAGGGCAAACGCAUCCACGUCCCUGUCCGCGUGGAGCCCAAGGUCCAAUUAGCCACCGAGCGUACAUUCCUGUCCUGGCUCGAGUUCUCCAUCCUUCUUGGAUCCAUUGCCGCAACACUGCUCAAUUUCGGUGAUGGUUUGGCCCUCGCGGCCGCUUGGGCAUUUACCAUCAUCGCAUGCUGCGCUUUGUUUUACUCCGCGAGCUUAUAUCUCUGGCGAGUUCGUAUGAUUAGGAAGAGGCGAGCUGUCACGUACCACGACAAAUGGGGCCCGACUCUUCUCUGCAUUGGACUUUUGGCCGCGGUGGCUACAAGUUUCGGUGUGAGAUUGGGUGGUGGCGGUUGGCAAGGAGGCUUGAAGGGCUGAACAGGCCGAGUAGUUACUGUUCGGUUUUUGAUUAGUCAAGUGUCUUGGGGCCUGGAUGCAAGGUGAUGGGCGCUGGGAAUGUUUAUGCAAAAUGUUUGUCUACGUGUUUCUUGGUAGAUUGUAAAUAGUUGGCACUGCUGUUGUACUAAUGGUCUUGUCUGUAUUCAAUAUCAAUCAAUUGCUUUUACGCAAAUAGGAAGUCUGGCAUGG